AUGUUUCGAUUCCUGCUGAUGUGCGAUGGUGUGCUACUGCUGUUGAAGCCGCUAUACCUCAUGGUUUUAUGUGUUGCUGUUCUCCGCGUAUGCCUCUCCUGCUUCACGCGAAUUCACCAGAUGUUUCAUCACUAUGACCAUCGUCAUUUUGUACGUACCUGCAUCUUUGAGUCUUCAUUUCUUUCGCUUAAUCGCGUCUCGUUUGUAGGGUCCCUAUCCUUGUUUCUUCCGCCGCCAUAUGGCGACAGCCUCGGCGGCGAUCUUUGCAUCAGUGUGGCCCUUUCUAUCUCUCUUCCCUUAGCACUCUUAGCCGCUGGUUCUCUUUUAACACAUAUAUAA